AUGUCUUCCUCAAGAGCCCGCGUAGAGGAUGUCUACGAAUCACAAAAUGACCAGAGGCUCGAUGAAUUGCACUCCAAAAUCCGAACGUUACGCGGUAUUACAACAGAUAUACAUGGUGAUGUUGAAUCUCAAAACCUCAUGUUAGACGAAACAGGCGACCGAUUCUCUUCGUUCGGUGCAUCUUUAAUGCAAACUUCAAAACGAGCCGGCCAGGCAUUCGGAAUUGGCUCAGGAAGCCUCAAACCAUGGAGAAUCGCUAUGCUUAUUGUUGGCGUAUUCCUCGCUUUCUGGCUCAUAUCGAAGAUUUUGUCAUGGUGGUGGGGUUCUCCCGCCGUCUGA